CAGAAACUAACGGAGAGUGACUAAAGUUGAAAUAUUUAACUAAUUAUAGUGAUCGUGAAUGAAUUUAAAUAUUUUUAGUGACUAAACGUGAAUAUUUUUAGUAAAUCCAGUGAUCAAACUUGCAAUUAACCCAAAUAAUUCAUGCCGCUUUCUUCUUGGCCGAGCGAUUCAGCUCCCAAAAAUUGCGAUUCAGCUCCCGCUACCGAUAUCUUCCCCUCAUCGCGUCGCCGGCCGCUGUUCGUUUAUCCUGGUCGUGGGCCUGCAGCAAACACCCCAGUUGCUGAGAAAAUGGUCAGAGGGCUUUUGUACUUUCUCACAAGGAAUCAAAAUCGAGAGACAGCCGGAGGAGCAAACCCCUAACUCUAAGUUCCAAUCGGUCUCUCUCCGACGAGUUGGUCCCCGGAGGAAGGAGGCUUUGAAUCGUCGAUCUGGUAAGUUCUACAUUUCCUUCACUCGUCGGUUUUGGCUUAUUCGAUUCACUUUAGAAGUUGAGUAGUUCUUGUAAAAAUUGAUAUCUUGAACUGUCGAAGCACGAUUGAAGUCCAGAUUUUUCUAUUCUACCACAUUUCCUCUUAAGUGUGUAUGUUCAUUAGUUCGUUAAUUUGAAUAACUAUUUCUGGGAUCGUCGCAGCACGAGUGAAGUCCAGAUUUUUCUUUUAAAUGAGUUCUGCAACUGAAGCUUGCAUUUUCGUAGAGUAUUUCAUAUGCGUCUGCAGUAAAGGUUGAUCGUGCGAAAUUCAGUUUUUGUUUUUUCUCUCUGCAUUACUGGUUUAUUGGAUUACGGUAUAUCUGUUAAACGGAUGCUUAAUACCUUGGCUGAUUCAUUCCUUUUGGAAUGUUUGGGCGUAAUGAUGGGAUACAUUGUCUGUGAAGUAGUCCGUAAGUAUUUUAGUUACGAGAGAUAGGUUUCGAUGUAGUUAACUUUCAGUUAGUUACUUGAUUUGCUCUAUUUUCUAUUUUCUAUUUGUUGAUAGAGUUGGAGUAGUGGUGGGUUUAGCUAUGUCUGUAAUGAGAAGGGAUUUGUAAUCCCUUAUCUUUAUUGAGUUAUUCCAUAGGUUUAGCGACGAUAUUGUUCGGCCACGUUCAAUUUCCUAGACAUGGGGGGUAGGGUUUGGUAAAGAAAGGUAAGAAACAAAUUAAACAGAAGUGUGGUUUUGUUCUCACGCUGACAGGACCCUUGUGGUGGUAUUGUAGAAAGAACGUAAAAUAGUUGGUUUAGCCGAAACUCUGAUUGAGAUUUAUCAUGCUGCCAGCCCAUUAUUAUUAUCAUCUACCCACAGGGCAGAGUUUAGUUUUUAUAUGUUGCCUUGGCUGACCUGCUUCAUUAAUCCUGUUUUUACUGGUCUUAAAAUUGGGUCAACUGAUGUUUCAGUGUAACUUUGAUGUUCCAGCUGGUUUGAUUUUUUGAGGCAUGCUGAAGUCUCUCUCCAAAGUUGUUGGUUCUCUUCUGUAUGCUGCUUUACCUUCACUUCAGUUAAUCAUGAGAAGAGGCUCAUCAGGAAACAUAAUGAUUAGGCGCUCCUACCCUCACCAAUCUUUUGUCAUCAGAUGUGCAAUAGCCUCCAGGAUUCUCCUCUUGGUCCUGAUUCUCCUAUGGCGCAAUCUUGUAUCUUCUUAUGACACCUCUUCGCCUCUCAACCCUGAGUGUCUAUCCUCAAACUCUGAGUCUCGUCAAGAAUGGAAUGUUCUACUGCCCCGUCUCGGUUCUGCAGUCGAGGAUAGUGUUGUGUGGGAUGGCGUCUAUUUCGUUCGAAUUGCACAAUGUGGCUAUGAGUAUGAGCAGUCCUACGCCUUCUUGCCUCUCCUUCCUGUUCUAAUGUCCAUUUUGUCCCGUACAAUUUUUGCACCCUUGGUUCCACUUAUUGGUUUUAGGGCUGUUCUGUCACUUGCUGGAUAUGCUGUGAACAAUGUUGCUUUUGUUUUUGCAGCUGUUUAUCUGUACCGGCUUUCGGUUCUGAUUUUGGACAACACUCAAGUGGCACUAACAGCUUCAGUUCUAUUUUGUUUCAACCCGGCAUCUAUUUUUUAUUCAUCAAUAUACACUGAGAGCUUGUACUCCCUGUCAUCACUCGGGGGGUUGUACCAUUUGAUAUCUGGUGCCACUAAUAUCUCUGUUCUUUGGUUUGCACUCUCUGCUUGUGCGAGAUCUAAUGGAGUGCUUAAUGCGGGUUAUUUCUGUAUUCAGACUAUGCAUCGAGUUUAUGAUGUUGUGUUCCUGCAAAAACGUACUUGUUCUGCAGUGCAAGUUAUUGUACUUGGAGUGCUACGCUGUUUCUGCACAUUUGCACCCUUUAUCGCCUUUCAAACAUAUGGCUAUUUCAAUCUGUGUCUUGGACUUCCCCUGGAUGAAGUGAGGCCGUGGUGCAAAGCCAAAAUACCAUUGUUGUACAAUUAUAUUCAAGGUCGAUAUUGGGGAGUAGGGUUCUUGACAUACUUUCAAUUCAAGCAACUGCCGAAUUUUCUCCUUGCUUCCCCUAUUUUAUCUCUAUCACUUUGCUCUAUUAUCCAUUAUAUGAGGUCGCAACCUCGGAUGUUUUUCUCGUUGGGUUUCCUGUCGCCUGAUGGACAGACAAGGGCUAGACAUGCCAGUGAUUCCUCAACAAUAAGCUCCUACAAAACCCAAGAUAAGGUAGGUGCUAGCCACAGGAAGAAGCAUAUGACUGAAGAAGACAAUGACCACAGUGCCUCUGUAGAAAUCAACGAAGCCCUAGAUAAGGGAAGGCGCAUAUCAGCCUUCGUUGUUCCAUGUACUCUGCACAUGGCAUUCAUGGCAGCCACUGCGUUUUUUGUCAUGCAUGUCCAGGUCGCUACGCGUUUCUUGUCAUCGAGCCCUCCGCUGUACUGGUUUGCAUCGUCAAAGAUGCUGGCAGGAAAGAAGUGGGGGAAGUUGGUACAGGGAUAUUGCAUUGCCUACAUCCUCCUUGGUAGCUUGCUGUUCUCAAACUUCUACCCUUUCACCUGAAGAAAAAUUGCAGAGCAGAACAAGAAAGCCCGAACAGCAGACGGAUCUUGUAGAGCUCGAGAUGUACAAUUGACAUGUUUUUAUCGUUUCUUUGCUGUUGAGCUUCCAAAGUAGGGAAGUCUUUUUUUUGUUAUAAGUUAGGGUAAAUGCCAAGUUUGGUCAAUGGAUUUUCUAAAAUGUGUGAUGUUUAGUCAUUGGAAAAAGUUAAUAUCAAUUUUGGUCACUCGAAUUCUUAAAACGGUUCAACUUUAGUCACCCUCCGUUAACUUUAACUGACGUGGCAGUCAACCCUAAUAGUUGAUCGUUAAAUGUUUGAGCACGAGCAAAGCACGCAACAGAGAGGAAACAGAAAGGAAACAAGGGAGGGCUCUGCUGCUGAAAUGGCGUUCUUGAUCUUCAGUCGAGUAUAGUUUAUGCAGCAACAUCCAGCUGGUAGUUAUAGGGGGAGCUUUCUCUCUCUCUCCUCGUGGCAGGGUAUACUUACAUAAUUACAUAAUCUAAAUCUCUCUCUAGUUGAUCUUGACCUACAUAAUUACAUAAUCUAAAUCUCUCUCUAGUUGAUCUUGACCGCAUUCUUCUUGGAGACACCAUUCGCCACGGCGAUCGCGUCGUCGGUCACUGCACCGGAGAAAAUAUAUCCUUCAACAACAGUGGUGGACAGAAAAGCGGAGGAAUUUUUUUGUUUUAUUUAUUAUUUUAAUGAUAUGGAAAUAUUAAAAGAAUUAAAUUUAU